AAUACGUUCCGCCCGUUUUCUGUUGUGAGAGAAUACUUCUUGCAUUAUCUGACCUGAACUGAAUCAGCUUCGAGUGAGAGAAAGGCGCCGGAAAAAUGUUUCUACGGAGGUUAGCGCGGCCGAUGAUGAUGAUGGCGAAAGUGAAGGAGACGACGGGGAUUGUAGGACUCGACGUCGUACCCAAUGCCCGAGAAGUGCUGAUCGGACUUUACACCAAAACCCUAGACGAGAUCAAGGCGGUGCCGCAGGACGAGGGGUACCGCAAAGCCGUCGAGAGCUUCACGCGUCAUCGACUGAAGGUGUGUCAGGAGGAGGAGGACUGGGAGGCGAUUGAGAAGAAACUCGGAUGUGGACAGGUCGAAGAGUUGAUUGAGGAAGCUCAGGAUGAACUGAAGCUCAUUGGUCACAUGAUCGAGUGGAAACCAUGGGGUAUACCUGAUGACUAUGAAUGUGAAGUUAUCGAGAAUGAUGCUCCAGUACCUAAACAUAUCCCCUUGCAUCGACCUGGUCCUCUUCCUGAAGAGUUCUAUACGACGCUGGAGGCUGUUGAGACAGGCACUUUGAAGCAAAUUAUUUCAGCCUCAGAAAAGGUCAAUCCUGCCAUUACAUCCAGUGAAUCACAGGCCAAGUAGUUUGCUUUCUUUGAUCACAUUUUGAUCAUGGUAACCAAAAAAUCCAGUUUUUCGUUAAUAAUGUCCAUACUAAGGUUCUCUAACAGGGUUGAAUAAACCAGCUCAUAUUUCGACUUGCGGGACGUGCCAAAGCUAUAGUGCAUAUUUAUGAGCCUUUUGAAAUGGUUCACUCCAGCGGUUCUCGAGUUUGUUUGCAAUUUGUCCAUAAGUAAAGUGAAUUGACGACUCCUUGAUUGGGAAUCAGUAUUGCAAUUUAUUCAUAAGAUCUGAAUAAUCUCUUUCAAGAUAUUGUAAAUUAUAAGUUGCAAUAACAUCUCAUUAUUAAUAUCGGAAUCGGAUACGAUCUUGUUUUAUUCUGA